GUCAUCUGAUUCACCAAAGUGAAGCCAAGGAGUGUGUGCGUGUGUGUGCGCGUGAGUGAGUGAGAAAGAGAGAGAGGGAGAGAGUGAGUGAGUGAGUGAGUGAGAAGAAGACUACACACUCGGCGACGCUCAGACUCUGUCUCCUUACUUUGCCGUCCCCCAUCACUUACUAACCAACACCUCUAGUGUUUCUCCAUAUUUGCCGAUGUCUUCUACGCUCAAAACUCUACACCCGUCUUAAGUAACUGAUGGAGUGGAGGAAGGAGACUUUCACCCGAUAGAGCAGUAGAGUUGCAAUAAAGAAAAUCGCCCGAGGGGACAGAAACAGCGGAGACAGACGAAGGCGAGGAAAAAAGGCGGAAGGCUGCUUCAGGUGACCGACUCGAGCUGGAGGCGCACGGCAUGUGCGAUUAGGAAGCACCGCGUCUGGAAGCGCUCGCUUUGUUACGGUGGAUUACAAAGUGAGAAACCCUCAGAACUGACCGGGGUCGCCUUUGUUCGUUUCAUCUGACGGAUUAUCUCAGAAUCAUGAACGUGUCGCCCCCAGACCGCAGGAAAAACAUGCGAGAACUGGCUUUGGAGAUUGGCAUACGAGUUCUGCUUUUCGGAGUUUUUGUAUUUACAGAAUUUCUGGAGCCCUUUGAGAGAGUGAUUCAACCAGAAGAGCUCUGGCUCUACAAGAACCCUCUAGUUGAGUCAGACCACAUUCCCAAGAGGGUCAUGUUCGCAAUUUCUUUCCUUACCCCUCUGGCGGUGAUAUUUGUGGUGAAGAUCAUUCAGAGGACGGAUAAGACAGAAAUCAAAGAGGCAUGUUUAGCUGUGUCCCUAGCUCUCGCCCUGAAUGGAGUCUUCACAAAUACUAUCAAGCUGAUUGUUGGCAGACCCAGGCCCGAUUAUUUCCAGCGUUGUUUCCCAGAUGGACAAGUGAAUGCGAAGAUGCUGUGCACCGGGGAGCCUGAUCUAGUCUCCGAGGGACGCAAGAGCUUCCCCAGCAGUCAUUCAUCUUUUGCAUUCUCCGGUCUUGGCUUCACCUCCUUCUACCUGGCAGGAAAGCUGCAGUGUUUUACGGAUCAGGGUCGAGGACGUAGCUGGCGUCUCUGUGCCAUGGUCCUGCCUCUCUACAGUGCUAUGAUGAUUGCAUUGUCCCGCACCUGCGACUACAAACACCACUGGCAAGACGCCUUUGUUGGAGGAGUGAUCGGGUUGCUGUUUGCGUACAUCUGCUAUCGCCAGCACUACCCUCCUUUCCUGCACACGGACUGCCACCUGCCUUAUGCCAGUCUGGCUGCUGCAGCCCAUACACCCUCUCAUCCCCAGGACGACCCUCAGCCCACUGACAAUGCCACCACCCUUCCCCUGGAGGGACUGACUGAAGGGCCAGUAUGACUAGUGGCCACCACCGAGACUCCCCCCAGCACCCUUACCAAACCACCGAGUCCACCUCCCCAUUCCCAGUAACUGACUAGUACUUAUAUACAUUCCAGUGGACAGUAAUACACCUCACACAUCUCCAUACUGUUAGAUCCCAGUCUCGGUGACACCUACAUUCUUUUGUGUUUAUUUUUUAUAUCUGGUUCUUGCGCAGCAGCUGUGACUAUUUUUAGGUGUUAUGUAUGAGAGGAACCUAUGAAUAUGGGACAUCACCGCUGAGAGAGAAGAGACAAAAACAUGUUCAUAAAAACUGAGAAAACAAGUCUUACUAAUGGGUGCGAAGGAAGAUGAAACUAUUGCCAGUUUUUGCUGGGAUUUAUUGCUUAAUUAGAAAUGCGGUUGGCAGGAUGUUUAAUGCUGGAGAUGUUUGGCUGUUAAAGGAUUGGGACAGCAAGUUGGGGAGACCUCGAAAAAUCCCAUGAAAUGUCACAGCAAUUAAACCAUGAAAUCAAACCAGUUGAACUAUUAGAAAACUGUAUGUUAUAUUUCACACUUGGAUAUUGGAUUUGAUAGCAAGUAGUGCCAAAAAUCCAGUGACAUUCUGUGUGUUUCAGACUUUUAGAUGUAUCCUGCAGUUUAAGUGGGCACCAGUGUGUUGGUUUAAAAUUCAAGGACUAAUUUUUGGUUGCCGAUAGCAACACAGUGAAACAUAUAGAGCCAAUGCCCUCAUGGAGAAAAGCACUGAUCCAUGCCAAGGACAAUACUCAAGAUUCCCCAACCUUCCCCAAAGUGUUUUUUUCAUUUCUCCUCAUUCUUGUGGGCAAUCCUGCAUACAUCACCCUUUCCCUAUUUGUCUUCAUUUCCUUGUCGCCAUCCAACUACUCUUCACAAGCCCUGCAUUUAACACAUGUUCCCAGAGGUUACACAGAGACCUGAACCCAAAUUGUAGCUCCCUGGGUGCAAUCAAUAACAGGCAGAUGGGAAUGACAUGGCGGAAGUCUGUCUGGACAGGCAUAAACUCUAAUCUGAUUCUGCAUUAAUCCUCAUUAAGGGAGGUCAGCCACUGCUGCUUAUGAGCACAUUAGGACUAUAUGAGGUGCCCCACGGACUGCCCAAGCAUUGCAAAUGGCUUUCAGCCCCACAAAUAGACAAUCUAGCAUUCAGGAAACGACAGGUCUGCACAGAAAUUUUGAUGUAUUAUUCAUCCACUGAAGUUCCGUUAUUUAUUAAUAUUUCAAGCCUUGAUUUAGGGACAGCACGUUCGAACAACGAAUACACCAAAGAUUUGUAGCUUUUUUCUUCUUGGAUUGUAUGCACCUUGUUAGACUUUAUUAAGGAGGUUGAAACAUAGCUAGACUACUGGGUUCCCAUCAUCAACCAAGUGAUUUGUAGCCUCUUACAAGAUUUGUUAGAAAUUAUGGAUGAUUUUGUUGCUUUGGUGUGAUUUUUUUGUCAUUGCUGUGACAUUAAUGGGAAGAUGCAAUCUCAGUUUACCGACCCAGAUACAUGAAGGCAAAGAUAUAUUUACACUGAAAAAUGAAGGGUGAAAAACACAUGAAAACAGCAUGUUACGAAACGAGCCACAAGCCAGAUGUAGAAGGUUGUUUUGUUUUAUUAUGUUGUUAGGUUGGUCAAGCCUAUUUGUGCAUUUGUCAAUUUUCACUGACAAAAGAAUAUGUGUUUGUGUAAGAGCAAUGAUUGAAACAGCCACAUCUUCAGCUGCUGUUUGCUUGAUUAUGGACACAGUCUGGCAUCUUACACAGAAAUAGUCAAGAAAAGCUUCUAUAUGUCCAAAACUCUUAUAAACACUUUUUCCUCAGUUCGGCCACAAUGAAGCCUCCAUUACUAAUGCAACCCAUGGGCAGCUUCUUGAAACUGGCUGUGUGUCCAUGCAAGUUUUGACAAGGAAUAUCCCACACUGAUGCAAUACAAAAUGAAACUUUUACAAGGAACGAACCUUUCACCAGAGGGGACAAAGGUGCUCGACUCUGCACAUCAAACUCUGUGAUGGGACUUGCUGGCACGAGGAGGAUGAGGAACGUGUUGCCUUCUCGUUGACUGGGAUUUUUACACCUUGAGGCACAUUUGGAGAUGAAAUGAUUGUGAUACAAAUUCAUUCUUUUCAUUCUAUAGACCUACAUUUGUCUGACUUGGCAGCCUGAUGUUACUAUUCUUCGUCAUUUACUUUGUUACAGUGUGUAUUGGAAAAAAUGUUGUCAGAAGUCAUGUCUGUCAGAGUGUUUUCGCUUUCUGAACAAAGCCCUUAAGCUCCCCACUUUUCUUCAAAUUAUUCCAUGAUUUCUUUUAAUUUGGUGCUAUAGAUAUUUUUGUAGCAGUAGAUGUCACUUUUUCAAGUGGUGGAUGUAUUCUUUUGAAAUGAAAAUUGAAUAAUUUUCUACAGACAAAAAAAAAAAAAAGAUUACAUUCGUCUUAAUCAGAUGCACAAGGGCAACCGGUGCUGGAUACUGUGUGAAUUUUUUUUUGAUCAUUUCAUCCUCCCAAGGACUGAUGGGAUAAAAGUAUAGAAAAAUGUUACAUAAUAAAUAAAUUAUCAAUUAUACUGAAUAGAUGUCUGAAGAUAAAAAGAGUGUAAGACUUAAGAAUCUAUGUUCAUGGCAUGCCAGUUCCAUUUGUGAGAAAAGACUUUUCUAUGAAUAAGCAUGUCUGGCCUUGAGAACUAUCUGAGCUGUGUUUUGUUGUUUAUAUACUUUAUGUACAAUAAAGGACUGCAGCUGUGUGAAAUUUGUUUGUGAAGAAAACAACGGAGCCUGUAAGUGUGAUUGUUUGUUGCUGUGAUGGGAAUGUGCCGCUUCAGUGGGAUUCAGCUCAUCAUAUGUUUAUAGAACAUAGCUACAUUCUUUAUAUGCAUAAGAUCAUCUACAUUAUGCAGAGAAGACGUUUGAAUGAGCUAUAUUCCAAGUUCAGUUCAGUGAAUUUGUGCUUCAACUGACCUGCUGUCAGACUGCACAGUGCUACUUAGACGGUUGAGUGUAUGUGUGCACUCUUGUAUAGGGA